UCAUCCACAAAUCAUUUGGGCAAAGGACUCGCGCUUUGGAAGUUAAUCACUUUGUGUAUCAAUGGAGGGUUUUGUUGGGAAUGGAGCUUUGAAGAGAGUGAUUCCAAAGCUCAUAGAAGAAGGUUGGGAUGAUGUACCAACCUUGAAGCUUAUGAAAGCAGAAGAUAUGGAUUCAAUCAACAUGACUCAGCAACAAAAGGAUGCAUUGGAAAUGAGGUCAUACCUUCAUGAUUGUGCUCUGAUUCAAUAUGGAGAUAAGCUUGAGUCCGCUGGGAAAUCUCUUCAGGAACUUCUUGAGUUAAGUAUCGAUGAAAUUUCUUCUCAAUUUGGUAUGAAGAAAGGCCACGUCGCUCGUUUCAUUGAAAGAAGAACCAGUAAUUCUUCUGCACCAAAUCUUUUGCAGCAGCCACCCCAAGCUCUCACUUCAAGCAGAAAAACCACCAAAACAUCUAGUAACAAUAGCAUUCACAAUGCCUCCAAAAUGAAUCCCAUGUUGUACAGAGAAGCCAUGAGAGGCGAAGAGAAAAUGGGAGGAGGUGAAGAGAAACCCGAAUUGGUUCCCCAUAUUAGUUGGUCUAGCCGACUGUUCUCCUGGAUUACUUGGUCCAGUGGGUUGGAUACCAAGUUAUCAAAAAAAAAAAUAGGAGGCAAAGAAAAUGAAGACAACCAUGAUGAUGUUCUCAACCAUGAUGAUGUUCUCAACCUCACGCAAUACAUUAAUGACCAACAACCACUUGAACUGCCAUUAACUUCAAAUAAAAACACAGUCCUCCAUGUCGCAGCCCAAUUCGCGAGGGAAGGACACUUGGACAUAGUGAAAGCACUCAUCGAAUGUGCAAAAAGACUAGACCGUGAAGAAGUUGAAAGCGGGGGUGGAGCAGCCAAGGAGAUGUUGAGGGCCCCAAAUAAGGACAAUGACACUGCCUUGCACAUGGCUGUGCGAAAUCCUCUUAACAUAGAUGUGGUGACAUGGUUAACUAAAGAAGAUCCUGAGUUUACACAUCCACCCAAUAAUGCCAAGGAAACUCCACUAUACCUUGCCGCUGAGAGACAACACUAUGACAUGGUAUCUGCGAUUUUGGAAAAUUGCACAUCACCAGGUUAUGGUGGCCCAAACGGUCAGACGGCAUUGCACGCGGCAGCAACUAACGGAAGGAAUACAGAAAGUAUAGAACUUUUAUUGGAAUGGAAGCCAGAUCUAAUCAAGGAAGUAGAUGAGUACGGGUGGAUACCACUUCACUAUGCUGCAUGUUAUGGUGGUAAGGAUAAAGUUAAAAAGAUAUUAAAAAAAAAUAAAUCAGUGACGUACAUUACAACAGAGGAGGAGGGUGCUGAAAAGACGGCUCUUCAUAUAGCUGUUACUUAUGAAAGUGUAAGCGUAAUGAAAGAGCUUUUAUCAGAGUGUCCAGAUUGCUGGGAGAUGGUCAAUAGUAAAGGUCAAAAUAUUCUUCACAUUGCUGUAGAUAUGGAACAAGAAGAGGUGACGAAAUUUAUUUUAGAAAAGUCAUGGAUUAUCCAUCUUAUAAAUCAGAAAGACAUUGAUGGCAACACACCACUCCAUCUGCUUGCUACUGCUUUCGGGCGGGAAAUGCAGGACCCCUGGAGGAAGAUCUGGUACCACUCUAGUAGCGAUCGGCAUGCUACAAACAAUAACAACGUGACCCCAAUGGCAAUAUUUUGGUCUCCUAUUGCAAAGAAUUUUUGGAGCACGUCAACGUAUAUUGGUGGAAGAAAUAGAGCCAGGAUGUAUCAAGACUUCAUUCCAAAAUUGAAGAAAACACGCAGAGAAGGCAGAGAAAAUAGAAGGAAAGGGGAAGCAAAAUUUAGAGAGGAAAAUAAAGUACGAGUCGAAGAGAACAAUAGAAGGGCUCAAACACAUUUGAUAGUGGCAACGCUCAUAGCAACAGUUACUUUUGCGGCAGGUUUCACAAUGCCAGGUGGAUAUGAUGGCAACCAAGGUCCAGAACAAGGUAUGCCAGUUCUAUUAAGAGCAGCAGCUUUCCAAGCAUUUGCCAUUACCAACACUAUAGCUAUGAUCUGCUCAAUUUCUGCUGGGUUUCUAUACGCAUCUGCCUCUUUUUACAAUCAAGUGGAAAAGCAAGAGCACCGCCAUUUGAUAGCAUUCUGGCUUAUUUUAGUUGCAAUGGGAGCGAUGGUUGUGGCGUUCAUUACAGGCACUUUCGCUGUGUUAUCACAUUCUUUAGGCAUUGCAAUUACUGCAUGUAUUGUUGGCUCUUUCUCCUUUUUCAUUUUAAUUCCCGAAGUCUUUAAGCUUUAUAAUUACCAGUAUAUCACAGAUCCAGCUAGUGCCAUUUUCUGGGAAGAAAUAAGGAUUACAAACCAAUAUACCUGAGUAUGUGAACUCAGAGGAGAAUAAAGUUGCUUUGCAAAUCAAGAUGACUAUGAAGAUUUGAAUUUUUACUUUUUCAGUAUUUUAUUUUUUUUUUAUUUUUUUUUUUUUUUCUUUGUGUUUAGGCUAAUAGGAGGAAACAAAAUGUAUCUUUUGUUGUUUUAGUGUUAUUGUGGAAAUGCAUUUUCUUUAUUUUUUACAACCAUCUGUUUAUGUGAACCACAAUCUCCUCAUAGUUUAAAGUAAAAGAUAGAUUCGCCUCCAUCAACCUUGGUGA